AUGGAAUCGGGGGGAGCGACGGCCGGCGUCGGCGCCGAGAAGAAUUCGUGGCCGGAGGUGGUGGGCCUGUCGUCGGAGGAGGCCAAGAAGAAGAUCAUAGAGCACAAGCCGGACGCCAGCGUCCACGUCGUUCCGGCCGACUCCUUCGUCACCAUGGAUUACAACACCGGCCGAGUCAGGGUGUUCGUCGACUCCAACGACAAGGUCACGAAAGCUCCCAGGAUUGGCUAG